AUGAGGACUUCUCGUUUAUUCGGUGGCGAGAGAACAAAGUCUGUUGAACUUGUGGAGCCGUGGUAUGGCUUAUUUUUAAUCAGCGUUGCCAGUAUACGGAUGACGAUGUACGGACUCGCUGCACUGAGGCGGUGUUUGUCCGGGCCAAGUUCCUCUGCAGUGCUUAGGGAGGACCAAUCUUCUGAUGCUGUGUCCAGGAGGAGAGCACAACAAAACGGGGAUCCGUACCUCCACGGCGGCUUAGAAUGCAACGCCGCAGAUAAGAAGACACUCCUACCCCCAGCGUGGACAAAUGGCAAUAAACAAGGAUGUAUCGCAGUCUAUCCGGCCUCCUCUCCGCCUUCGUCUGACGACGGCAAUUUUGGCGCCUUUUGUUGA